AUAAUAAAUAUUAAUAAAAAAUAAACAAAACUCUAUAAAAAUUACAAAUAAACAAAUAAAGCAAUGUCUUAAUUAACAUUAUAUGGCUUUCUCCUCUGCCCUUAUGUAUAAAGAGUGAGAUUCGCUUUAGAAAAAAUUGGAGUUAAGUAUGACUACAAAGAAAUUGACCUCUUCAAGCUUAAAUAGAAAGAAUAGGCCUACUUAGAUAUUAACCCUUUUGGAAAGGUUCCUACAAUAGUUAUUAAUAACCAGAUUGUAUAUGAAAGUCUUCCUCUUCUUGAAUUCCUUGAAAAUGAAUUUGGCAGCGUCUUCCCUUAAGAUAACAUCAGAAAAACUUAAUAGAGAAUUUGGACAACUUAUUUUGAUUAAAAUUUUAUUAGUAAAAUGUGGGGAAUCUUUAGUCUUAUAAAAACAAAGGAUGUUGAAGGAUCUAAAAAACUUGCUAACGAACUAGCUGAAAUAUUGAGAUUCUUUACUUUAAAUUCAAAAUUAUCUGAAAGAAUUAAAUAGAAUCCUAGCAGCUAUUUUGAAGGAGAUACUUUAACUUAUGCUGAUUUUGCUAUUAUCCCUCAUGUUAAAGUACUAGAAACUAACUAUAAAAUAUUCUUUAAAAGCAGUUUAUUUGAAUAAAUUGAAAACUAGGAUGAGUUAAUCUAGAAUUUCAAAACCUAUUAUUAAAAUGUUGUUUCUUCUGAUUCAUUCAAAAGGGCUGUAACUAAUCCUGUUACACUACCUCCAUAAGGAGACAAUUUCGUUUUAGAUGAGUUAUAAUACACAACUGAAAACUUUAAUUAUGAAAACCUUUCAGAAACUUACAUGAAUAAAAAAUUCGCAUAAGCUUGA